CCGCGCAUGCCCAGCAGCGCUGCGGUGCCAUGGCGGGCUCUGCGGGGCUGUGGGAGGAGGUGCGGGCGCUGCUGCCCGACUCCGAGGAGGAGCUGAGCCUGGCGCUGAGCGGAGAGGUGGACGACUGCGUCCCGCCGCUGCUGCUCCGAGCCCGCGCGCUGCUUUACGGGGCGGCUCCACCGUGCGAGGCGGCGUUGCGGCGGCUGGGCGACGUCGUCCGCGACUACGCGUGGGAGAAGCUGAACGCGGGGCCGUGGCGGGACGUCGGCAAGGCCUGGCGGCAGGUCUACGCCUACGGCUGCCUCUUCGGGGCACUGGCCGAAGUCGCCGCCCGCCGCCCGCUGGCGCCCGCCGUCCGGCUGUGCGACAUGGGGCUGCUGAUGGGCGCCUCCGUGCAGGACGACGUCCUCGCCCGCCUCGUCCGCCUCCUGCAGGCGCACCUGCCCCGCGCCGAGCGGCGCAGCGCGGCCCCGGGCGGCGCCAAGAGGGCGCGGACUGAGCCCCCCCCGGCGCCGGCUGUACGGCCCGAGGAUGCGGUGCCGCACGAGCGCUGCCCCUCGCUGGAGCGCUUCCGAGACCAGUAUCUGAUUCCGCAGAAGCCCGUCGUCUUAGAGGGAAUUAUUGACCACUGGCCGUGCAUGAAGAAGUGGAGCGUGGACUAUGUUUGCCAGGUCGCUGGGUGCCGCACAGUCCCUGUAGAAUUGGGUUCCCGGUACACAGAUGAGGAAUGGUCUCAGAAGCUCAUGACCGUCAGUGAUUUCAUCAGCCAGUAUAUUGUGAAUGAGAACAGCGUAGGAUACCUUGCCCAGCACCAGCUUUUUGAUCAGAUCCCAGAAUUGAAAGAGGAUAUCAGUAUUCCUGACUACUGCUGCCUGGGGGAAGGGGAAGAAGAUGACAUCACCAUUAACGCAUGGUUUGGGCCAGCAGGCACUAUCUCACCUCUUCAUCAAGAUCCCCAGCAAAAUUUUUUAGCCCAGGUAUUAGGAAGAAAAUAUAUCCGUCUUUAUUCACCACAAGAUUCAGAAAAUCUGUACCCACAUGAGAGUCAACUUCUUCACAACACCAGUCAGGUCGAUGUAGAAGAUCCUGACUUAACAAAAUUUCCCAACUUCAGAAAGGCUGCAUUUCAGUCCUGUAUUCUGAUGCCUGGACAGGUUCUGUUUAUCCCAGUUAAAUACUGGCACUAUGUACGAUCUCUUGAUAUUAGCUUCUCUGUCAGUUUCUGGUGGUCAUAGCACUUAAGCAAGAAUAACGUUUAUUAGUAUUGUAAUAGCGAUUAAAGAUCCUGAAAAGUAGCAUCUGGUAUGCUUCAGAAGAGAAUUCUAUUUAAACAUGAGACUGUUUUUUCUCCCUAUAAAUAAAAAUUCCUUGUUUCAGCUUGGUAAAAGAAUGUGGAUAAAUGCUACCACUUUAUUUUUGUGGAUGUUUCUAAUAUAACCUUCUUCUAAAGAACAUCUGUUGGGUCGCCAUAAGGUUCAACAGUCUGGAGGGAAAAAUAAACAACAAAAAAAACA